AUGGAGCAGAUCUCAGCAGAUCCUCGAUCAUCCAACUGCCUUCAGAGCACAGGCGUCUGCAGGUUCGGGCAGCUGCCCAUCGUGCUGCAGUGGGCUCUGGCCAGGCACCCUGUGCCGCUGCCGCAGGGCUGCGUGUCCGUGUGCCAGCAGCCGUGGUGGCUGCCAGAGCUGGGGAAGGAGGUUUCUCCUGCUGGGCUGACCCUGUGUCCUCAGGCUCCUGGAAAAAGCUCUCCAUGUUACUCGUUGACCGUUAUCUCCUGGGGAGGAACGCGACGACAAAGCUGCGGGGCUGGACCUCCCGCCAGCAACGAGCCUGUUUUUCCCUUUUACGUAAGUUGUUCCAAACGUGUUUGUAACAACCCCCCGGUGAUGCCUUUGGCAAAAGUGGUUUUGGGUCCAAAGAUCAGUGCUGGGACAAGCGACCUGCCCGCAGCAAACAAGAGCCCGCAGAGUAUAAAACCCCGGCGGCACGGGGGAGCGCGGGCCGGGCUGAGCUGUGCCGAGGGGCAGGGGCUGCAGAGGAGGAUGGAGGCCAACAUGAACCUCCUGCACGACGCGGGCAUCCGGGCAACACACUGGCUGCAGGAGCAUUUCCAGGGCUCCCAGGACUGGUUCCUCUUCAUCUCCUUCGCCGCUGACCUCAGGAAUGCUUUCUUCAUCCUCUUCCCGCUCUGGUUCCACUUCAGCGAGUCGGUGGGCAUCAGGCUCAUCUGGGUGGCCGUGAUCGGUGACUGGCUCAACCUCAUCUUCAAGUGGAUCCUCUUUGGGGAGAGACCGUACUGGUGGGUCCACGAGACAGAUUAUUACAGCAACAGCUCCGCCCCAGAGAUACAGCAGUUCCCGCUCACCUGUGAGACCGGCCAAAAAACCCCAGCCCCAGAGCCCCCCAACCCUGGCAGGGGCAGCCGGCACUUGCCCAG